AUUAUCCCUGAUUUCCAGGACAUCCUGCACUCACUUCCACGGGAGCAACAAAGCAGACAGGGUAAGACACCGACUGUCUAUGCCCGAGACAGGGUGGGCAGGUGAUGGGACAGUGUCCAGGAAAUGUGGCACUGUGAACCCACAGUGACAGCAAGGGCCUUCAGGUAGACAUAGGGAAAACUGAGGCAAGGUGGGAGCAGUCACUUCUCUUCUGUCCUCAUAGGAAACAUGGGUCCAAAGCUGCUUGAGUCCCGAAUUUGCCUCCUGCUGCUGCUAGGACUUGUCCUAAUGCUUGCCUCAUGCCUGGGACAAACCACUUCCCAGUGGUUUGCCAUCCAGCAUAUCAAUAAUAAUGCCAACCUCCAAUGUAAUGUUGAAAUGCAGCGUAUUAACAGGUUUAGAAGAACAUGUAAGGGCUUAAAUACUUUUCUUCAUACAAGUUUUGCUAAUGCUGUUGGUGUGUGUGGAAAUCCAAGUGGCUUGUGCAGUGACAAUAUAAGUCAAAACUGUCAUAAUAGUUCAUAUCGGGUACAUAUAACUGUCUGUAACAUCACCAGUUGGAGGAGAACACCUUAUACCCAAUGCAGAUACCAAGCUAAAAGAUCAUUGGAGUACUACACAGUUGCCUGUGACCCCAGAACUCCACAGGACAGUCCCAUGUAUCCAGUGGUUCCAGUUCACUUGGAUGGGACAUUUUAG